AUGGAGCCAGAUAUAAAUACUAUCAAUGACAGAGUGCCACUAAGGGUGAUAUAUAACAUCAACAGAAAGGUGUACAACGAAGAAGAAUUUGAACACGAGCAUGACCAAAACAUGUAUUCCCAGUUCAACAAGGAAACUGAAAGCCCUAAACUUGGACGAAAGAUCCAAUGCAGAUUCUCAUGUGCGCGGUUCAGGAAAUUCAUACUCAAGAUGUUUCCUAUUUUAAACUGGCUUUAUACUUAUCGCAUUACUGAAUGGAUUCUAGGAGACUUACAUGCUGGCAUAAAUGUAGGGAUGGUGCAGGUUUUCCAAGUAUAUGUUAUAUUUGGAACCUCGCGACAUGUCUCUAUUGGUUCUUUCAGCAUUCUGAAUGCAAUGGCAGCAAAUUUUCAGAAUAGUCUUAAUUUUAGUAUACAGUUACCAAUUAAUGGCACCUUGGCCAAUGUUUCUGAUGAAAAUUUUAUGCGGAAUUAUAUGGAAGCAGUAACUCACACUGCAUCUACUACAUUUUUAGUUGGGAUUAUUCAGAUACUUUUGGCCAUAUUUGGCUUGGGAUUUGUUACAACAUAUGUCUCAGAGAGUCUCAUGAAUGCUUACCUUACAGCAGCAGCAUUACAUGUGAUUAUAUCGCAGUUCUCUUUCAUCUUUGGAAUUGUAAUUGAUUUUCAUUCAGGCCCAUUGUCAUUUUUUUAUAAUUUGGUAUACUACUGCAUGGGCCUCCCUAAAGCAAAUUCUACUAGUAUCCUGCUGUUUUUGCUUUCUUUACUAUUGCUGAGGGUCAGCAAGUGCAUUAAAAUAACUUAUAAACACUAUCCUAUUGAGUUUCCAAUGGAGCUUGUUUUGAUUAUUGUUUUUACAAUGCUUUCUACCCAAACCCAUCUACAUUCCGAAUCUAGUCAGGGAGUUUUUACAAUGACUCCCCACAAGUUUCUGCAUCCUACACUACCUGUCUUCUCAAAACUGGACAAAAUUAUAUUACAUGCUUUAUCUCUGGCAAUAGUAAGCUACUUCCUUCUCAUUUUUGUGGGAAAGAAGUAUGCAAGUAUUCACAACUAUCACAUCCGACACACUCAGGAUUUAAUAGCAAUUGGCCUAUGCAAUGUCUUCAGUUCAUUUUUUAAGAGUUUUUCUGUCAGCUGUGCAAUUUCUACAACUGUUAUUCAGGAGAAGACUGGUGGAAAAACACAGCUUGCAGCUCUGAUUGGAAUUGCCUUAAUGCUGGUGACAGGAUUAAAAUUGGGGUAUUACUUCCAGUCCCUUCCAAAUGCUGUUUUGGCUGCCAUCGUACUCGUCAACAUGUUCCCAUUUCUUGAAAAAUUUAUGGAUGUCCCUUACCUGUGGAAACAAGAUAAAUAUGAUUUUGGAAUUUGGAUUGUGACCUUUCUAGUUGUCCUCUGCCUUGGUCUGGAUAUUGGCUUAGGAAUUUCUUUGGGAUUUGCCUUUUUUAUAAUAAGUGUCAGAUCGCACAGAAUGAAGAUGAUGAUAUUGGGUCAGAUUCCAAACACCAAUAUUUAUCGCCGUUUCUCUGACUACAGUGAGGCCAUAGAAAUUCAGGGUGUGAAAAUAUUCCAGUGCUGUGCUUCUAUCUCAUUUGCAAACAUGAAACAUUUCAAAAAGUACAUUUUGAAAAAGAUGGAUAUGAAGGCAGUGCCUCUGGAUGAAAAUGAGAUGCGAGCCUUGAUCUCAGUCAGCAUGUCCAGUGUUAAAGGACAGAGCAAAGACUUAAACUGUGCCUGUGUUUGUGACCCACCUGAGCUGAUACCCAGGGUACCCUAUAGAGAGAAACUUCAAAAGCGAGUUCCUAUUGCUAAUGAAUCAUUCUCUGCUUCUUCUUUGGCCUUGGUACGUUGGACAAGAAGCCCUUCUGAUAUACAAUACGUCCAAUCUCCAGCAAGAGAAAGUCCGUAUAGCUAUGCAAAGAGGAAAGAGGAUCUGAAUAACAUGUGGUUUUCAUCAGACCCUCGUUUAACAAGGUCUACAACACAGUUGUAUACACUUGACUCAGAGUAUGCAAGGCAUAGGAUUCACACUAUUGUUUUAGACUUUAGCAUGGUGCACUUUGUUGAUUUACAAGCUUCUUGUUUAUUACGGGAGCUCUGUCAUGUCUUUCAGAACAUUGGAAUCACAAUCCUGAUAGCUGCCUGUCAUCCCACUGUGAUAAAAACUUUUGAAAAUAAUGAUUUCUUUGACCAAUGUGUUACUAAAGCCCGGUUCUUUCCUACUCUGCAUGAUGCAAUACUCUUCGCUGUGGAGCCAAACCUCUUGGAAGAGAUGGUUCCAAUGGAAACCCAAAAUGAAGCUCCUGAGGAUGUGAUGGCAGGAAUGAAUUUAGAUGAUGAAAAGAUUAAAUAUGUCAACAAUGAUUAUUACAGUGCUUAUCCUCUUAUAGUGCUUAUCCUGCUGCCAGUCCAGUAUGACACUCAGUUGUGUUUCUAG